AUUAUAUGCAGAUUCAAGCGUGUAUAUCGUUCAGAUUAUGUGUCAUUUGGGUCGCGACGGUGUUGAACUUCAGUACGAGCAGAGGAAACGAGUUAAAUUUGUAUGUUAUAUACAAUUUAGGGAUAAAUUGUGAAUGGAAACAUAUUCUUGAUAAACCUGCUGUAUAAGCGGAGGACAUGGAGAAGCUAAGGAAGGCCAUGAGACGCAGUCCAAACACUACAAAGGAAAGCAAACAUGAAAAAUUAGGAGAAGGCUGGAAUGAGAACAAGGAGGCUGUUAGAGAUGGAAUCACCUUUUACAUGAAAUAUCUUGGAUCCACCCUCGUGGAGGAGGCAGAAGAGAGUCAGAGUUAUGGAGACGGGGUCAUCACCAAGGCAUUACAAAGCAUCAUCGCUAUGGCAAAAUCAUCCGGAAAGAAGUUCAAAAGGGUUGCAUUGACGGCUUCUCCAAAAGGGAUUCAGAUAAAUGAUAUGGCAAACAAUCAGUUGAUUGAAGAAAUCUCCAUAUACAGGAUUUCCUUCUGUUCAGCUGAUAAAAACUUUGACAAAGUUUUUGCUUUCAUGGCCAGGAAUUCUGUGAAUGAAACAAUGGAGUGCCAUGCCUACCUUUGUGAUAAACCCAAAAUUGCACAAGCUGUAACUCUCACAGUGUCUAAAGCAUUUGAGUUGGCUACAGAUUUACAUAACACUGAAGUCAGUGCUAGUCCUAAGAAAGAAAUAAGUGGAGGUUUAGAGAAGACAGAAACAAGGGCAAAUAAUGUUAAAAACUCAGAAAAUAAAUUAUCUGUCGAUCAACCAAUCCCAAAACUCUCUAGUCCCAAUUCUAGUCAGGAAAUUCUCAGUAACAAAUCACAAAGAAGUCAAAAAUGGCAAAGUUUUGAAGAUGAGAAUUUGGAUGAAGAUGAUUGUUUUUCAAUGCUAGCAGUGAACAGAAGUAAAGGUAUAAAGGAACUAAGAACAGACCUCAGACAGGAAGAUAUAGAUGAAAGCAUUACACAAUACAUGAACAAUAACAGGUGCUUGGAAGAAUUCUCUAAAUCCUCAUCCAUGGAGGAUCUCCUGUGCUUGUGAGAUUAUAAAAACUUAUUUAGUUGAGGACCUCUUGGGGUCCUUAUAAGAGGACCUACUAAUGUCCUCCUAAGGUCCUCAAAUUAACCACAUCUGAGGACCAGAACAAGCAUGAAUUUUGUCUGCUGAUUCCCGUGUUGCUUUGAGUAAAGUGUAAAUUUUUUUACGUACAUUAAUUUUCAAUGACUUUCAAAAAUGCCAUUGCUGAUAAAAUAGGGUAAAUAGAUGGAGAUUACAUAUGCAUGAUACCAUGAUUAUGAGCAUAGACUUGUUGAUGAAUGAUGAAUGCAUUUAUUGACAAAUGAAGAGUUUUUCGUAUUAUAAAUUAGUUUAUCCAUGUUUUUUACUUUCAAAAUUCAGGAGUUUUCAUUUUUUUUAUAUUACAACGUUAGAAUUAAUUUUACAUUAUAUGAAGAAAUUCUUGCUAAAAUUUAUCCUCCCUGUUCAAAGGAUUGAAAUCUGCUUCUGAUCAGUGAACAUAUUGAUUUAAUAUUGCUUGAUCACAUUUUUGAGUUUCUAGUUUUAGACACUUUUUAGAUGAUUAAUCAUGGUAGAGAUAAGUAAUUAAGAAUUCUAUGUCAUGUUGGGUACAGAGAUGACAUACAAAGAUAUAAGUAAUUUAGAAUUCUUUGUGUCAUGUUGGAUGCAGAGACUGCUUGAUGAAUUAUCAACUAUAUUAACUCAGAAAUUAUAUUUAAUAAUUAAUUUUGUGAUGACAGAAUUUUGUCUUAAAUUUGACGUGCAAACUCACCUGAGCUGGAAGUGUAAGUAAGCUUUUCUGAUCAUGCUUUGUCCAUCGAUCCAUCUGUAAUUUUCACAAUUUUGCCUUCUUCUCAAGAACCACCAACUGUUUUAAUACAAAAUUAACUUUGGGUUAAAUGGAUUCUAAUUUGCUCAUAUGAAAGGCUAAGCCCUUCCCACAGGGAGAUAAUCAAGAAAUUCAGAAAAAGGAUGGGAUCAUUUAAAAUAUUUUGCCAAUCUUGGUCAGUAUUUUUUUUUUAUACAUGUAUAAAUCUAUAAAAUACAUCAGUGCUCAAUUUACUCAGGUGAGUGUUGUGGUCCACGGGUCUCUUUUUUCUUCUUUUUAAUGAUUAGAAUUGUUUAGCAUGUGUGAUGUUUUCUGUAUACUUUGUCAGAUUUUUUUUUCAAAAUAUGUGUUUGUCUUAUAUUUUUGACAAAAAUUAAGUGCUAUAUUUAUAUUUAGUAUUUUAUAUGCUGAAGAAAAAUUAAGUUUUAGAUUCUGUAAUGAAGUACAGAGAAAAGCAAUUCUAGCAAACUCAAUAUUUCUACAAAACAUUUUUUUCAUCAGUUCAGUCAACAUUGGCUGCUAAGUUCACUGAAGAUCUCAUUUAAAUGUUUGUAUGUAUAAUUCACUUUCAUAUAUUUUUGAUCUGAUUUUUUUGUGUCAUUUCAAUUAGCAUUAAGCUACAUUGUAUGUCAUAAUACAGAUUAAGCAGAAUGUAAACCUUUAACAAAUUAAUAUGAUAUGCUCUAUAAAACUAUUUAUACAAGAAUGAUGAGAAAUAGAUUUUGCAUAGCAUUUCUAUAGACAUACUUUUUCCACAUGGAAUGAAGUCAUUCACUACACUCUUAACUUGUAAUGUAAAAGAAAAUGGCACUGUAUGAGUAUUAUUGUGUAUUUGACUUACAGAAGCUUUAUGCAUUUCUUUGUUGAAAGAGAACAGUUAGCAUUUUAAUAUUGUUCCAUUAAUUGAAUAUAUACAUGUACAUAUAUAUGCAAAGGAUUGCUAUAUCAAACAGAAAUUUUGCAAUAAUUUUUUUUUUGAUUAUGGAAAAUUAAAAAAAAUAUAUUUUCAAAAAC